AACAAAGGAAUAGAAAUAAGAAUCUAAAGAAAAUUAAAGUGAUAUGCAUAUUUCAAGUGAAGUUAGUUCAACAACAUCACAAACACAACAAGAUGGAAGCCGGGCAAGUCGAGGCGGUGCUAACAACAACAAUAAUAACAAUAGCAAUAAUUCAAGCUCUAGAAAUAAUAAUAACAAUAGUGCAUCGAGUAAAAAACAAGUUGACAACAGUCCGUAUUUGACGCCAGAAAAUCUCAUUGAAAGAACUGUCGAUGGACUCCUUGCAGAGCAUCCUGGGGAACUUGUAAAAACUGGCUCGCCUCAUGUUGUUUGCACCGUGCUUCCAACGCACUGGCGUUCUAAUAAAACCCUACCGAUUGCCUUCAAAGUUCUAGCGCUGGGUGAUGUCAUGGAUGGAACAAUAGUGACGAUACGUGCUGGUAACGAUGAGAAUUUUUGUGGUGAACUUAGAAAUUGCACGGCGGUAAUGAAAAAUCAAGUAGCGAAAUUUAAUGAUUUACGAUUUGUUGGACGAAGUGGUCGAGGGAAAAGCUUUAGUCUAACCAUCGUUAUAUCAUCAUCCCCCGUCCAAGUAGCUACCUAUAUUAAAGCCAUCAAAGUAACCGUUGAUGGUCCCCGUGAGCCAAGGUCAAAAGUACGACAUCAAGGAUUUCAUCCGUUUGCAUUUGGCCCGCAGCGAUUUGGUCCGGAUCCACUUAUGGGAGGCUUAUCGUUCAAAUUGCCAGGUUUUGCCCAUCAUUUAGCUGGCAUGCAUGGACAUCUGCACGCUCCAGACUGGCGUACAUUGGGUGCAAAUCCGGCCCUUGGUCGUCCUGGAUUCCCUCAUGGCGCAGCAUUUUUCCACCAUCAACAUCCUGGAUUUCCUCCGCACGUGCUAGCCAACACCUUAGAACGCUUAGAUCGUCCAGGAAUUCGAUCAAUGAGUGAAAAUCACCAUCUAGCACAACUUAGUCAAUUAUCAGCAUCAUGUAAUCCCCACAGUACAACCAGCCCUGAAGGAUCACCGAACACAUGUCCUCCCACAGCCAAUUCCCUUCUGCAUCACAAUACAAAUUCAGCCUCCUCACCGCUUACAAGUGAAAACGACAACAACAACAACAUAGAUGCUGGUUUCGAAAGUGAUAGCAUAUCCGUGACUGGAUCGCCAAGAAAAAGUACCUCGCCGCACGACGACGAUGACCGAAGAACGCCUUCACCUCAAACUGGUGGUGCAUUCACGGCCCUAAUUCAACGAAAUCCAUCGCUGAGGAAAAAUGAAUUGUUUUCCGGAUUUGCAUCUCAAUUCCAACAGCCACACGGAUUUAAUCCAGCCUUAGCCGCCCAACUAUUCCUUCAGAAUCCACUCAUUCCUCAGCCAAGUCAGUGGCUCUACACACAGCUCUAUGGAAACUAUCAUGACCUACCGUGGUUUCGGAAUGGCACAUCGACCAGCAGCACCAACAGCAAUGCCACAUCCAAUGGAAGCCUUCAAGAUGCCUCAGCUGGUGUGAACUUGGUCAAGAGAUGUGUCACCCUAGUGUCACAUUCCAAUGACGACAAAGACAGUGAAAACGCCAAUCCAAAUGCAUCCCCGCCUGUCACAUCGACACGAAGAUCCCCCUCACCAGCGGACAUUGUUGACGAUCGCAGUAAUCGCAGUGGAAGCAGCUUGGGACCGAUGCGUUGCAGGACGCCCAAGUCGUCCGAUGUCUGGAGACCGUACUAGUAUAGAUUGUCGUCUGCUCGUUUAGAUAUUUUUUUAGAUAAAAUGUUGUGAAUUUUCAUAUCGAUGCACACAAAAUUGCAGUGUAUUUGUGCCACACCAUAUCGAAUUUAAUUUAAACCAAAGAAUUAAAAAAAAAC